CCUACAUCCCCGACUCGUCUUGGGAAUAUAUAAAGACCUUUCGUGACCUGACUUAUCACUUGGUCGACAGCUUUGGAGACAGAAGCAGUGCGUGGGAAUCUCCGAAGGUGAAAAUGAGACUGUGUGUUGUAACAGUACUGGUAUUCGCGAGCAGCGUUUUUGCCAAACCUACAGCUCAGAAUGUAAUAGAUGGAGACGAUGGACGAUUAUCUGUCGCCAUCUACGACACCGGAAACCCGUACUACGAUCCCUAUCAACAAGUCUACGAUCCUUACGCCCCGAUUCACGAUCCUUACGCCCCGAUUUACGAUCCUUAUGCCCCAGUUUACGAUCCUUACAACCCCUAUUACGACCCCUACAACCCCUAUUACGACCCCUACAACCCCUAUUAUGACCCCUACAACCAAUACUACAACCCAAACAUCCAACGACCCACAGUCAACCAACGGCCUCACAAUAACUACAACCCUUACUAUGGAAACAAUUACUACAGUUUAGGAAACUUCAUAGGAGGGGCUGUGGGGAGCUUCCUCAACAACAGGGAUUCCACAGAAACUUCAGACCCACAGGAGGCUACAGGGCCCGUGGCCUUCUGAAGACUGUAGGGCUCAGAGGACUUCGGUUUCAGAAUUGACGUGAUUGUGUGAGAUGUCCAGAGGUGUUCUCAGACCAAUUUCGUUUGUUAUUUUGUUGAUUUAAGGUGUUAUUUAUAGCAUAAACAUCGCGAUCUCCACGUUGAUUCACGACAAUAAUAAAAUAGAGGGUAUUAACGUGAAUAUUUCGAUGCUUAUGCUAUAGAUGAAGGUUUGAAUUGACGUAAUA